UUAUUCACUAUCAGUUGUGGACGCCCUCCUGGGGCUAUAUAUACUCAUGCUAUCUCCUCCACAUUUCAUCGAUCAUGAGCACUCGCAAACUACAAGCUACCACCUUAUCACAACGCGAUCGAUCGACCCAACCAAAGGUAGCUUAAUUAGUGAUCAUCGAUCACUCGAGGGAGGAGGAGAAAAUUAAAGAAAAAGGAAGCAGGUGCUGCGGUGAAGUGGCCGGUGAGGGAGCGAGCUGAUCGACCAUGGGUACCAUCGGGUUCCCGGUGACGAGGACGAGCAGGUCGCUGGUGGCGCCGUCGUCGGCGACGCCGCAGGAGACGCUGCACCUGUCGGUGAUCGACCGCGUGGCGGGGCUGCGGCACCUGGUGCGGUCGCUGCACGUGUUCGACGGCCGCCGCGGCGAGGCGGCGGUGAGGACGCCGGCGGAGACGCUGCGGGCGGCGCUGGGGAAGGCGCUGGUGGACUAUUACCCGCUGGCGGGGCGGUUCGUGGAGGAGGACGGGGAGGUGCGGGUGGCGUGCACGGCGGGGGGCGCCUGGUUCGUGGAGGCGGCGGCGGCGUGCACCCUGGAGGAGGUGAAGCACCUGGACCACCCCAUGGUCAUCCCCAAGGAGGACCUGCUGCCGGAGCCGGCGCCGGACGUCAACCCCCUCGACAUGCCGCUCAUGAUGCAGGUGACGGAGUUCGCGUGCGGCGGCUUCGUGGUGGGCCUCAUCUCCGUGCACACCAUCGCCGACGGCCUGGGCGCCGGGCAGUUCAUCAACGCGGUGGCGGACUACGCGCGUGGCCUCCCGAGGCCCCGCGUGCUCCCCGUCUGGGCGCGCGACGUCAUCCCGGCGCCGUCCAGGAUCGUGUCCCCGCCGCCGCGGUUCGACCUCCUGGACCUCCGCUACUUCACCGUGGACCUCAGCCCGGAGCACAUCGCCAAGGUCAAGUCCAGCUUCUUCGAGGCGACGGGGCAGCGCUGCUCGGCGUUCGACGUGUGCGUCGCCAAGACCUGGCAGUCCCGCGUCCGCGCGCUCCGGCUGGACGGCGACGACCCGGCGCGGCCCAUCCACGUGUGCUUCUUCGCCAACACGCGGCACCUCCUGCCGCAGCUGGCGCCCGGGUUCUACGGCAACUGCUUCUACACCGUGAGGGCGACGCGGCCCUGCGGCGAGGUGGCGGCGGCCGGCGUGGUGGAGGUGGUGCGCGCCAUCCGGGACGCCAAGGCGCGGCUGGGCGCGGACUUCGCGCGGUGGGCGGCGGGCGGGUUCGAGCGCGACCCCUACGAGCUCACCUUCAGCUACGACUCGCUCUUCGUCUCCGACUGGACGCGGCUGGGGUUCCUGGAGGCGGACUACGGGUGGGGCGCGCCGGCGCACGUCGUGCCCUUCUCCUACCACCCCUUCAUGGCCGUCGCCGUCAUCGGCGCGCCGCCGGCGCCCAAGCCCGGCGCGCGCGUCAUGACCAUGUGCGUCACGGAGAAGCACCUGCCCGAGUUCCAGGAGCAGAUGAACGCCUUCGCCGCCGGGAACCACCAGUGACGACAACGUGUACGUACGCCCAUCGCCAUGAUCGAUCCAUCCAUCGUCUAGCUUGCUAUGCUAUAUAUGCCUCAACAACUGCUGAAUGGAUUUGUUUGCUUGCGUGUAAUUUGGAUUUCAAAUUCGCCACAACUAGCGUUGCCUGCCAGGCUGCCCCAAAAUGGAAGCGUCUGUACAUCGCGGAUGAAAUAAAAACCGGUGCACGAUUUGUGCAUUGCUAGCUAGAGUUUGGUUGUGUGCUGCAAAUGUGUGCCCGUAUGUGAUCGUCUGCUGUCUGUGGUUUGUAAAACGAAAAUGGUCGUGCAAUGUAAAAGGACAGAUGCAUGAUUUGUCUAGAUUUUGACUGUGUGA